UGGGUGAUGAUUAUCUUUUUCCUGGUGUUCGCUGCGGUGUGGACGUGGCUGCUGUGGAGGUGUGGGCCGUCUGGUGGCGAUGAACGUUCACAGCGACUCAAGCGAGAUGGAGAGACAAUAGUUACCGCGUGGCCGUCGUUCAUGUCUGUCUUGGCGCUUGUGUUUAAGACCAUUGUGUAUCAGGGCUCCUCACUCCUGCCUCGGGGGUCACCUGAGCGCGCGGCACACGUGAGUACUUGGCUGGUGGUGCUGGUGCUGGUGGGAGUGUUCAGCGGCAACCUCACCGCCUUCCUGUUCAGGCCUGUCCUCAGCACGCCGCCCACCACCAUCCACCAGCUCGUCACCCGCGACUGGACCAUCAGGCUGGAUAAGGCGUAUGGCAGCCACGAUCUCGUCAAGGUAAAGCUGCGUUGCGAGGAGGGAAGACGGAAGGAGAUACACCUGUCGUCCUUCGUUAGCUGAUGUGAUUGGCAAUUUGCAGGCUUC